GAGACAAAGUUCUGAAACAUCGUGAAGCAAACCAUUCUUGGAACACUGAAUCUGUGAUUUAGGGAAUUUAGCUCCCAGGUCAUAGCUUUAUGAGUAAAAUGGAAGAAGAUGGUUGAAUUCCACUGAAUACUGAGAGGAGGCUAUAGAGCAUCGAACAGCAGGAAGAGCUGUUACCACUGUUGCCACUGGCCCUAGCCUCUGGGUUCACAGUCCAGCCAUUCUCUCUGCGGAGCUGACAUAAAGCGACCAACCAGCAAGAGAAGGAUUCCGUGAAGUCUGGAGCAGGAUUCUGAGGCUUUCUGUCCUCCAUGCCGCUCACCAGAAAAGGGACUGUGAACUGUGCUCUGGCACCAGGUGACAGGAAGAAUUUCUGGCCCAGCUGGGAGUGAGAAGAGGGAGUGAGUCUCCUGAGGGCCAUCCUCGAGUCCGCCAGGAUCACCCGAACAAUCCUCGAUGUGAAUCAAUCCCAUGAUGCAACAUGCCUCCCCAGCCCCCGCUCUGACGAUGAUGGCCACGCAGAAUGUCCCUCCCCCACCCUACCAGGACAGCCCGCAGAUGACAGCAACUGCUCAGGCACCUUCUAAGACCCAGGCUGUCCACAUCUCUGCACCCUCAGCUGCUGCCAGCACGCCUGUGCCCAGUGCCCCCAUUGACCCCCAGGCCCAGCUGGAGGCUGACAAGCGAGCUGUGUACAGGCACCCUCUUUUCCCGCUCCUGACGCUGCUGUUUGAGAAAUGUGAGCAGGCCACCCAGGGCUCUGAGUGCAUCACCUCCGCCAGCUUUGAUGUGGACAUCGAGAACUUUGUCCACCAGCAGGAGCAGGAGCACAAAGCCUUCUUCAGCGAUGACCCAGAACUGGAUAAUCUGAUGGUGAAGGCAAUCCAGGUCCUGAGAAUUCACCUGCUGGAAUUGGAGAAAGUCAAUGAACUCUGCAAGGACUUUUGUAACCGCUACAUCACCUGCCUCAAAACCAAGAUGCACAGUGAUAACCUGCUCAGGAAUGACCUCGGGGGACCCUACUCCCCCAACCAGCCCUCCAUAAACCUUCACUCACAGGACCUCCUGCAGAAUUCCCCCAAUUCCAUGUCUGGAGUCUCCAAUAACCCCCAGGGGAUUGUGGUCCCAGCCUCAGCGCUCCAGCAGGGCAACAUCGCCAUGACAACCGUCAACUCCCAAGUGGUGUCAGGUGGAGCCUUAUACCAGCCGGUUACCAUGGUAACCUCCCAGGGUCAGGUGGUCACCCAAGCAAUCCCCCAGGGAGCCAUCCAGAUCCAGAACACACAGGUUAACCUUGACCUCACCUCCCUCCUGGACAAUGAGGAUAAGAAGUCCAAGAACAAACGAGGAGUCUUGCCCAAGCAUGCCACCAAUAUAAUGCGUUCUUGGCUCUUCCAACAUCUCAUGCACCCCUACCCCACGGAGGAUGAGAAGAGGCAGAUCGCAGCCCAAACAAACCUCACGCUCCUGCAAGUAAAUAACUGGUUCAUCAAUGCCCGGAGGCGCAUCCUGCAGCCCAUGCUUGAUGCCAGCAACCCAGACCCUGCCCCGAAAGCCAAGAAGAUCAAAUCGCAGCACCGGCCCACCCAAAGAUUCUGGCCCAACUCCAUUGCUGCAGGGGUGCUGCAGCAGCAGGGCGGUGCGCCAGGGACAAACCCCGAUGGUUCCAUUAACUUGGACAACCUGCAGUCCCUGUCCUCAGACAAUGCCACCAUGGCCAUGCAGCAGGCUAUGAUGGCCGCACACGAGGACUCAUUGGAUGGGACAGAAGAAGAGGAUGAGGAUGAGAUGGAAGAGGAGGAGGAAGAGGAGCUGGAGGAGGAGGCUGACGAGCUUCAGACGACAAAUGUCAGCGACCUGGGCUUGGAACACAGUGACUCCCUGGAGUAGUUGGCAGCCCAGCUGGCACUGGUCACCGAGCAGGAGAGGAGUGUCGUCAGGAGGGCUUCAGGGUGGGGGGGAGGGGGGCACGGGCAGGCAGCACCGAGGAAGUUGGGCCCUAGCUUCCCCAGAUCAGUAGCUUGAAGAAAUGCAGAGCAGACGCCUGCUCCUUCCCAAACCACCAAGCUUCAAUGAGUACCCCAGCCCCACUUCCCUAGAACUGCAGAGGACUCCGUUUGCGGGGCCGGUCAAGCAGCCCAUACGGAAAGGCGGGAGUGAGAGCUGGACUCACCAAAUCCCUGAGGACAGAUGGCACCCACGCCCCCCCCCCCCCCCCCCCCACUGAAGGACUUGAGUCGUUUACAAGCCCUGCACUGUGAGGCAGAUCGGUGCUGUUCAACAGAAUGAGCCUUGCCAGGGUCACAGAAGGAAAGGGAGAGUCAAGGGCAUCUGGGUUCCACCCCCGGAAGGUUCUCAGCUCCUCUGAGAGACAUUCAAGGGCAGGAGGAGCCCAGACGCAUCACCAGUGGCUAGAAGAGUAGGAGGCCCUGAGGCCUGCCGACCACAGCUCCCUGGGGCUCCCGCUCAUUCCUCCAAGGACCUGUCUCAGGCACGGGCAAUCACGGACUUGGGAGAGAGGGUAGGAGCCACCACAGCCACCUUCUCUCUCUCUCUCUCUCUCUCUCCCCAAAAUGGAUGGUCAGCUGGCAGGCUCAGAUCGUAGGGGGUUGAGCGGAAUCCCUUCCCCUGGGUUGGCUCCAGGACCCAAGGAGACGGCACAACCUGAGCUAGGAGCCAUAUCAAGGUGACUCUGGGGACCACAGCCAUCCCCAGGUGGUCACAGAGCUCAGCUCCCGUAACAACAGGACAGUGGUGUCUUAUCCCAGGUGUUCCAGCCCUCAGCCCCCCAUGGCUGUUGCCCUGCUCCCAGGCUGGCCUCACCAGCCCCAUUCUCUCUUCUUCAUUCUUCAGAGAAGGCAGAAGAAACAUUGGAAAGAAGCAUCCAGUCCAAUGGGAAGCCAGGGGUUGGCGAAGGUGCUACAUCCCUCUUCCCAUCAAUAUCCAAAGUGUGGGCCAGGGCCCAGAGCCAGGCGGUGCCCCACCCCACGCUCUCGCUGAUCUAGCCACCACCACGACGCACGGCGCUGGAGGCACCGGGGCUCCCUCGAGGAGGAGGCUUUCUACCACCUGCCCUAACUCACACCCUCCCACCCAACUUCCGGGCCCCCAUGAUUGGCACCCCUCCUCCCCUCCUGCUCCACCCCUUGGCUGUGAAUGAUGGGACUGGUCACACGUGUGUUUUCCAUUGGAUUUAAUUUAAUGGACUUGCAGUUUCAUUUGUAAAUUGUGCGUUGGCCAUCUCCUUCAGUGGCAGGAUGUGAGUGGCUACCUGGCUCCACUUGAGGGGACCCCUCAGGGCCCUCUGGGGCUUCCCCUCCCCCUCCUGGUUGGGGUGGAGCAAAAGGAUGGUCGCUUUCCUGAGGUCUCCCUGAGAUGAAUGUAUUUCUCCCCCAAAAGAGCUGAUAUUUAAUGUUUUAAUAGGGAUUUUUGAAAAACAAAUAACCUUAUUUAUAAUCUGGGUGAUCCAAUCAUUUUUUACUCCCUUUUGAUGCCAUAGGUAGAGGAAAGUCUAGCUUUUUUGGCGUGAGACUUUUGCAAUGUGCAGUGGGAUAAAAUACAUUUCCUUUUCUUCAUUUUUCUUGUUCUCUCUCUCUCUCUCAUUCUCUCUCUCUCUCUCUCUCUUUCUCUCUGUCUCUCUCUCUCUCUCUCUCACACACACACACACACACACCCUUUCACCUACCACUUUGGACAGCGACCUGCCCCGCACAGGCACACCCGCACACAUGUGCCCACACAUCCUCCUCCAGCCCCUCCACCUGCCUAAUGUUAUGCAACCUCCUUCUGAUGUAUCCACCAAACCAGUACUGAAUGUGGCCGAGAAGUUUUCAGUAAAUCUUAUUACCUACCAUAA